AUGAAAAUAUCUGCUAUCUUAAGCUCAUUUGCAGCUAUUAGUGCUGUUGGUGCUUCGGUAGUUCCAAUUCAUAUCCAAGAUGUUUUUGUAGCUGAAGAUGUGGCUGAUUUUGAAAAUGAAUUGAGGUUAUUUACCGAAGAAUCAGAGUCUUACAUUUCAACUUGGCCCCAUUUGCCGUACUUCUUGAAACCUGGUGUUGAGUCAGAAAAGCUCCAAGAUUCAAUCACUGUUGAAAAACUAAACGAAACCGCAUGGGACUUCUAUAGGUUGGCUAAUACGUCAUUUAAGGAAUAUGGUCAUCCUACGAGAGUGAUUGGGUCCAAGGGUCAUAAAAAGACUAUCCAUUAUAUCUUGUCUCAAUUGUAUCAACAUAGAGAUUACUAUGAUAUAUCUAUCCAAGACUUUCCUGCACUUACAGGAAAGAUUAACUCUUUCAACCUUUCUUUUGUUGAUGGUGGUAAUGUCCCAACUGCCCAACCAUUUGAACUUACUCCCCCUGUCAAAGGUUUCGUAGGUAAAUUAAUUCAGGUUCCUAACUUAGGCUGUGAAGAUGUCGACUACAAGUCGCUAGUAAUCCCAAAAAACAGUAUUGCAUUAAUUGAGAGGGGACAAUGUCCCUUUGGUGAAAAAAGCAAACUAGCUGGGAAACACGGUUUCAAAGCUGCUCUAAUCUAUGACAACGACCCAACUUCUAAGGACGGUAUUAGAGGUACAUUAGAAAAACCUACGAAACAUACUGUCGCUACCGUAGGGGUGUCAUAUAAGCAAGGUAAAAAAUUAAUUGAGGCUAUUGAGCUACAUUUAGGAGAAUACUCCUUGUUUUUCGAAGUUGAUUCUUUUGUCAAGAGCAUCAAAACCAAAAAUAUCAUUGCUGAUACAAAACACGGUGACCCAGAAAAUAUUGUGGCUCUGGGUGCUCAUUCUGACUCGGUUGAAGCGGGCCCAGGUAUAAAUGACGAUGGAUCUGGAUCAAUUUCCUUGUUAACUGUUGCUAAAGAGUUGACACACUACAAGAUCAACAACAAAGUUAGAUUUGCUUGGUGGGCAGCUGAAGAGGAAGGAUUACUGGGCUCAACAUAUUAUGCAGAUCAUUUGACUCCUGAAGAAAAUGCAAAAGUCAGAUUAUUCAUGGACUAUGAUAUGAUGGCAUCUCCAAAUUACGAAUAUGAAGUUUACGAUGCUAACAAUAAAGACCACCCAGCAGGUUCUGAAGAGCUCAAAAACCUUUAUAUUGAUUACUAUAAAUCGAAAAAUCUGAACUACACCUUGGUACCAUUCGAUGGCAGAUCUGAUUAUGUUGGCUUUAUUAAUAACGGAAUUCCAGCAGGAGGGAUAGCAACAGGAGCAGAAGGUAUUAAUCAUGAAAACGGUAAACCAUUCGAUAAAUGUUACCACUCGUUGUGUGAUGAUGUUUCUAACUUAGCCUUUGAUGCCUUCGUGAUUAACACUAAACUAAUUGCUCAUUCUGUUGCUACUUACGCCAAAUCCUUAGAUGGAUUCCCAAAAAGAACCUUUUCAAACAGUACUGUUCCCUUAUUCCCAAAAUAG